GGUGUGGAGGCUAGGCUGGUCUGUAUCUGCAGUGUAUGGCGUUGGGCGAUGCAUCAUGUGCACGGGGCACGUCGACUUCUUUUUAGUUUCACGUUCGUCCGACGGUUCGUCGAUUCUGAGCAACAGGAUUAAUCUCUCAGUCCUGGUGGCUCAGGAGAUCUACUAUUUCGUGCUCAUGUAGAGCCUUUUGGUUCUGUAAGUCUCAAGGUUCUGCCAGCGUCGUCAAUGCUCACCUUGUCUUGUUCGAGUGGCUCUGUUUGCUAGCGACUAACGAUGCCUAGUGCACCAGCCCCGCCACCCGUGUGGCGGAUUCCUGCAUUGGAAAGGAACCAGAACAUCUCUAUCUUCUACUCGCUUUCACCGGAAGAUGGAUUGCUAGAUGGAGACCAGGCUCGCAACUUCUUUAUUCAAUCGAAACUGCCUAUGCCGGAUCUCAGUCAAAUAUGGAGCCUAGCUGACUUUGACGAAGACGGUUCUCUCAGUCUGCCCGAGUUCCUCAUUGCCAUGCACCUCAUCAAGGUGAAAUUGUCGGGUGCGGAGCUGCCUGAAAGUACCCCGGAAGGCCUCCUCCCACGCCAACUGAGGGCAGACGAGAUACCUGCUAUAUCGGAGGCUGAGAUGAAAGCUUACGUAGCGGCUUUUGAAAAGCUCGACAGCGAAUCCAGUGGCUUUAUACAAGGCGACACUGCGAAACCUUUGUUGAAGCGAUCGUAUCUACCUGUCACACAACUAGCACGUGUCUGGAGUUUGGCUGACAUGGACUUUGAUGGGCAGCUUGCACCUGCAGAGUUUGCUCUCUGCAUGCACUUGAUGCGCUUCUUGAGAAGAGGCGACAUGUUACCGAAUGACGUUGAUGGACCGUCACUCGUGCAGUCGUACGAUCGUUUAUCAGCAGUGGACGAAGAAAAACGCACCGAACCCGCAGCAGUGGAUGCGGCACCAACAGUGGCUGAGCCAAGUCAAAGUGCAGCCGAACCCGCAGCUCCAGGCACCACUGAGAGACGUAGCACGACCAGCAUACCAACACGAGUGAGGAAGUCAGCGUCCAUCCGCGAUCCAUCCUGCUCUGGUGGUGACAGCAGUAGCAACGGCAGCAACGCGAACACGUCUGAGGACGGUGCCAAGAAGGUCUCCGUCAACGAGCGAAGGGUGCCGACAAGGAAAGGAAGUCGCUGGGUCAGCUUCUCAUCCAAGCGUCCAGCUGGCUUCUUGCGCGACAGUAGUGGAGCCGCACCCGUAGCCAGUGACUUGGCAAGUCAAGAAGCAAGUGACGGUAGCAGUGCCAUCUCCUCAGCUGCUGCCUUCUCACCUGUACAACAAACAGACGGCGCUGCGUUUGACAAGGAGAAGCCGCCAGCUGAUGCAUUCUGCCUAACCGACGACAAUCCGUUCACGAACGACUCCUUUGCCAGUUUAACUGCACGUGAAGUGUCUGAGCAGCAGCCCAAGAUGGAUCCUUUUGCGGACGUGACAGCCGGAGAGAAUGACCCGUUUAGCUCUGCGGAUCCAUUUCAAAUGAGUGCGGAUGAUCCGUUUGGAGGUGAUGACAGCAUGUUCGCUGAUCCGUUCAGCUCUACAGCAAAGGCGAUUGGUGAUAUUCCCUCUCCCUUUCCCAGUUCUUCCAAUUUGCCUGCACUUUCUACGACUCCUCAGAGCCUGGAGGCAUUGGAAGAAGAGACUGAGCAGCAGCAGCCUCAGCAGUUGGAUGAUCCGUUUGGCCACAACCUGACUGCCAGUACGACCAGCAGCACCACACUACAGGUUGUGUCCAGCAAUGAUAGCAGUAUGAGCAGCGCAAGCACUGUAGCACCUGCAACCGGCUUUCCUGAUGACCCAUUCGCUGCACAGAUAUCGGCAGCCAGCAUAGGAGGUGAUGGUUUGCCUGCAAGCACUGUAGCACCUGCAACCGGCUUUCCUGAUGACCCAUUCGCUGCACAGAUAUCGGCAACCAGCAUAGGAGGUGAUGGUCUGCCUGCAAGCACUGUAGCACCUGCAACCGGCUUUCCCGAUGACCCAUUUGCUGCACAGAUAUCAGCAACCAACAAAGGAGGCGAUGGAUCGCCAAGCCUCCCUCGCGCUCCUUCUAUUGCAUCGGCAGCAUCUGUUGAAGCAGCCAAACCAUCUGGCACAGGAGCAGCAACUAUUGGGUUCAGCGACCCGUUCACUGCAAGUGCUCCUGAAACAGCAGCAGUGAAAUCGUCGGCCGCUGCAGACCCUGUCAAGGCCAGUGAGCACACUGAGCAGUCUUUGUUUGAUGAUCCGUUUCGCAGCUCAGCGGGUGCAGCAGGAGAGACUAAACCCGGUGAGUUUGAUGCUUUCGGUGCUGGCACUGCAUCCACAAAGCCAGUGGCGUUUGAUGAUGCGUUUGGCUUUACAGGUGGUUCCAGCUCGACCACAGCAGCUAGUGGAUUUGAUGAUGCCUUUGGCAAGCUUAGUCUAGAACCGUCAGCAGCAACCUCGGGGAAACCGAGCGGAUUUGAGGAUGCGUUCGGAGUGCUUGACACUCCGGCUGAUGGUGGAAGCGAGAAACCGGUUCAGUCUGGUGGCUUCGCCGAUGCAUUCGGCAUGGCAGAUGCCAGCCCAGCCAGUACUGCAGUACCUGCUCCAGCUGCUCCGUUGGAAGGAAUGGCAGACGCUGGUAGCGAUUCCAAUUUUGAUCAACCUAGAGAUACUGCCGAGGAGCAUCCUAACACAGCUGCUCCACUGGAUAGUGACAGGCUUAAAGAAUCAGUAGCAACUGGCUUUGGGGGCAAUGCACCACACGGAGAUCUGUUUGCUGGCCAGGACGCCUUCACAACAUCAGCUCCGUUCAAUGAUGCUUUCACUGGCAAAGACAAUACUGCAGCUACCAGCAUGUCAUCUUCUGUUGGCCAACCCACCAUGGUCAACGAUCCCUUUGCUUCUUCGCAAGGUACCGUCGCAUCAAGCAGCGAUGCAGUCGCUGCAUUUGGAGAUUCUUUUGCCAACUUUCCAAGUCAGUCUCAGGCCGAGGCGCAUAGUGUGUCUGCAUUGCCUACAGCGCCUGCUGCUGCUGCUGCUGCUUCCACGGACACUGAUCCAGUAUUGCAACCAGCAUUGCUGACACCAACCCCUGUUGGCGCUCCUGCCUCAAGCACACCGGGUAGCACUGUGGACACAACCCAUGUCAGUGACCAGCAAACAGCAGCAGAAGUGUCGGACAAGUAUGCUGCAUUCUCGAGCGUACCUGCUGACAAAACGAGCAAUCAGACUGCUAUGCCACCUAGUGUGGCAAGCUCUGAUGCAAGCACACUUGCUACUGCUGUUACUGCCGCUUUAGCUGCUGCUCCUGCAACAGUCGAAGCAGCCACUGCGCCAAGCAGCAAGGCCAUCCCACCGCCAGUACCACCAACACAACGGAGCACUGCUACUACGCCAGCCAAGGUACGGCAGCCAGGAGUAGCCGAAGCAGCCAACACUGCUGUUGGCAGUGCUACUUCAGGCACAGCUGCUGUGCCUGCGGCGGACAAACCACUGGGCUUUAAUGAUGGAUUUAGCGGCUCAUUUGAACCAUUUGGAUCCUCAUUUUCAUCAGGAACGACAGCAAAAAGCAGUGAUGCCACUCCUCCACCAGUUGCAGCAGGGGGAGCCAGCACACUGCAAGCAAGUUCUCCGGUCAUUCCUCCUGCAUCUGCUGCUUCUGCCAUUUCUGCUACCACUUCCAACCAUCCACCAGCAGUGAAUGUCCAUGCUCCACAGAGCAUGCUGAAAUUUGAUGAUCUCUUUGCAUCGAAAUCUCCCGUUCCCACUCAAACCCCAGAUAGCAGGAAGAGUAUUGAUAGUGCAUUUGGAAUCUCGAGCAAUGCCACUCAGGCAGCUGACUCAUCGUUUGGAUUUGGCGACUCAUUUAGUGCCAGUCCUGCUCCUGCUCCUGUUCCUGUACAGUCAGCAGCUAAGACUACUGACAGCAGCUCAUCAGAAAAGCAGCCAUCCGCAGCAGCAGCAACAGCAGCGCCCCAACAGUUUGGUUUUGGCGAUGCCUUUGGUGCGGCUUCAUCCACAGCUGCCAGUCAACAGUCUGGAUUCGAUGGUGCUUUCAGUACACCCUCAUCCACAGCAAGUCUUCAAGCUGCUGCUGUUGCCAACACUUCGGCACAAAAAAGUACUACUUCUGGCUUUGAUGAUGCGUUUGGACUUCCUGACCAACAUGCACCUCUGAAAAGCAGCAGUACUGGCCCAGGAUCAUCAUUCAACCCCCUAGAUAAUGCCUUUGGAGCAUCAUCUACAACACAGCAGCAGUCUUCCAAUCAGACGUCUGGCAGCAGCAAUGUGGAUCCAUUUGGACUAACGUCGUUCUCUCCCAGUCCAGCCAAGACUGAUGGUGCACCAAACGUUGUCAGCUCUGCAUUUGGAGACUCGUUCUCCCCGUCCACAGCUGCCACAACUGAUGCAUUUGGUGGUGCACCGUUUGGAAGCGCUGCUGGAUCAGGACAAGCUCCAAACAAGCCUAGUUUUGAUCCCUUUGGAAGUUCUUUUGGUAAUCCAUUGAGCAGCCAGGUGCCUGCAGCCAAACCAUCGCCUCCAAUACCGCCUUCAUCCCGGGACAACUUGAAGCAGACAGCUAACAGAAGUUCAUCUAUGCCGCCUGAUCAGACGGGAGGGUUUUCUUCCUCUUUGGUCACCUCUUCUCUGCCCAGCACACAAACUGGAGAGUUUGCACAGCCUCAGCAGCAACAACAACAACCAGCUGCAGUUGAUGCUUUCUCGGCUUUCAACACAACAAGCCAACAAGCUCUAGCUCCACCAGCACAUAUGCAGGUUACUGCCUCUGCUUCCGCCCCACUAGCACCACGGGCUGCGGCAGCUCCAGUGGCAUUCACAUCUACUGCAUUCCCUCCGAUCACAGCAGCAACAACUGCAUCAGCCCCCGCGGCACAACCCGCAGGGGCUCCUGGACCGUUCGGCACAGCCCCCUUUGCACCAUCGACAGCAGUUCCACAAGCAGGUGCUACAGGUACCGGUGGAUUUGGAGAUCAGUUCCAGCCUGCCGCCACGUCAGGGCAGCCGUUUGGGCAAGGGUUUAUGCCUCAGCAGCAGCCCCAUGCAUCAGGUCCGCAACAGGCAGCAGCGAAAAAAGAUUCUGGACAGCUCACGGCGGGAACGACUGUUGCAGAUGGGGGCAAGUCCAGGCCAUCUAAAGAAGACAAACAGAAGCAAGUUGAGGAGAUUCAGAAAUCCCUGGUGUUGGACAUUGACAAGGAAUGGGCCGAUCUUCUGAACAGCACGUCGCCUGCUCUCAAGCACAAAACCACUGGAGCACCAGCCGGAUCACCAGCGAAAGUAACUCAACAGCCGCGGACAAGCAGCCCCUCGCUGUCCCAACUCCGGGCCAAGCAAACAACAGCAGCAGCAGCAGCAGCUGCCAGCUCAGAUCAACAACCCAGUGCACCACAACCCACAGCCAUGGCCCCUGCUGCUGCUGCUGCGGCCACUGGUGCCAUCAGUCAGGCUGGUCAAGGGUCUGGUCCAUGUCUUGCCAGAGUCCAACAACCUGUUACGGGAGAUUACUCAGCUUUGCAACAUGCGCAACAACCCUCACAGCAAGCCACGGCAGGUAUCUUACAGCCAACCACAGUGGCCACCGGAUCACCCAGUUUGAGUUCUAAGAGCGAGGAUGUCCUGCAGAAAACGAUCAGCACAGUGGAAGAGCUGGAGUUCAUACCAAAGACCAAGCCGGCGGACACGGACACGCCAGCACAGGCAGCUGCUCCAGGGAUCAGCGCUGAGCAAGCAGAACAGGCCAGGCUGGAGCGUAUUAGAAGCAGGAGGACGAAAAUCGAAGCCGUACCAGACUUUGACAAACGCCAGGCUCAAAUGGAAGAGAAGCGAUUGCAAAAGGAGAAGGAAUUCAUCCGCAAGCAAGAAGAAGAAAAGCGCAAGCAAGAAGAGGCUAGCAUUGGAUCAGGCAUAUCAGCACGCCGGGGAUCGCAGCUGGCCAGCAAGUGGGAACAGAAGGCCGGGCAGUCAUCACACUUUUCCACGAAACCGGUGUCAACGUCCCAAGAGAGUGAGAAGGCAUUGGAGCGGAGAAAGAAAGAGGAAGAGGAAGUCCGACGUCGCCAGGCAGAGUUCGAGAAGGAGAGAGAGCAGCGCGAAGUGGACUCCCAGCGUGCUCAGCAAGCCAAAGAUGACGCCCUGAAAAAGAAGGCUGAGAGAGAGAAGGAAGAGGCAAUGGCUGCCAGAGAAGCAUCCGCCAAAGCAUUGGCUGGCGCUACUACUUCUUCUAGCUCAAUGGGAUCUGCACCUGUGAGCGUCAAGGACGCAGCGUCAGCCUAUUCCACUGGUCCAACUUUCAGCCAGCCUAGCAGCAGCCCUGAGAAGGGCGCAGCACCCAAGCGGAUGACCAAGCAGAAUUCACUGGCAGCGCAGUGGGAGCAGAAGUUUGGAGGUGCAAAGUAGCUGAUCGUUGGCUGAGUUGAAAUAUUCAUCUCCUACUAGAAAAUCAGGGGAAAAACACGAAUCAUAGAUCUAUGGACUGCACUUCAUUUUACAAGUUGUGCAUGCAUGCUAUUAUGCCAAUACUUAUGUGGUCAUAAUCCGCUGGAGCCUACUGCAUGCUGGACUUGGGGACGUGUGUCCAUGUGGCAAGCCGUGCAUUGGUGGUAUGGGCUUUUUUGCACGCAAGCAGUCGGUCAAGACUCCAUCUCUGGAUACCUGGCAAGCACUUAUAUAAUGUGUGACUCCAUCUCUAGAUACCUGGCAAGCACUUAUAUAAUGUAGUACUUACGUGUACGUGUAUUUUUGUAGUAGGUAUGUACGCCUCAUUUACCACGCAUUUAUGGGGUGUCUACGUGUCUUUUGGUGAAUACUGCUGGCUCAGUUACAUUAUGAAAUCAUGUCAUUGACAUGAUUUCAUCUCUAAUUUGAUCUCCGUUUUAUCUUCUUUUUUUUUAAAUGAUUUCAUCGAUAUUCCAGUACAGUGUAAUAAUGUACAUGUAUAAUUAUUGAGUACCUAAUUAUAGGUAGAUUAGUUCGAAGCUUUUCAAGGUGUAUGGUAGAGGUUUUAACAAACAUUCUAUACAAUCAUAAUACAUGCACAUGAAGUUGUAAUCGGAACUACAUGUAUUAGUAAUCCUAAUGAACGCUUUUCACAAUCACCUCAGCAAACGAGAUGAUAGUCGCUACUCGCUAGGGUGUUCCUGGUGAUGGGAACGACGCCAUAAAACUCCAUGAAAAAUCGCGCCGGUUUUUAGAUCUCCAUGAAAGUGGCUUUCAGCAGAUGGCGAUGCUGGUAGGCAGCUGCAUGUACUUUCACUUGGAAAUGACUUUUCUCUCCUUCUUUUUUUUUUUUUUUAAUUUCGGCCAGUCGGCUACUAUCAUUUUCGUCUUGGGGGCUAGACAAGGGGAAGUAGCCAUGUCGGGGCCUGAGCCCGUUCUCUCCUUCAGUUUGUGUCUAUUGUCGAGCCACCACACUCA